UCCUGACAAAGUUGCCGUGAUACAUGCAGACGUGAUGUUAAAUACUCAAACGCUUACACUUAUGCGCUUCUGGAAUUGAGGAGAGAAUAGGGGUGAAAGGGGGAAUGCUCAUCCUGCAUGAUUUUGGUUUGCUUACCGAGUAAAACUACCACAUACCCUUCGAAUUCUCCUGUGAUCAGGGUAAGCUUCUUUCGGGGGGAAUGUGAAUUCCCUGUCAGUCUUACUAUAAACAUUUUGGGUCGCUUUUUACUGGGGAGAUCUGCUGAUAUUCACUCAGCCUCUUGGGAAAAUCGUUGUUUGAGCAUCAUGCCAUAAUGGAUGGAUGGAGGGUGAUGAGAACGUUUCGACUGGAAUCUUUAAACUUUGCUAUCACGCUUAUUUUGGAUUGUGAUAUAUGACUUGGAUGUGGCAUCGUUUGUUCUCAGACGCGCUGUUAAAAUUGGACACCACGAUUUUACGCGGGAAUUAUGUGCAUGGAUAUGGUAGAAAACUAGAUCGGGAGAAAUGUUCCAUGGUGAAACUACAUGCUUGACACACGGAUACCCCUCUGACUCGCUUAUAUUCCGGGGGCAGCGACGGGCAGGUGCGCGUUGGAAUCGGCGGCUGCGCGAAGCGACUGGGGUCCUGGACUAGAACCGUACCGUCUGAUGAGAGCGCGUGUCAUGCGGACUCAGCUGUCGCGCGCUGUAAGGCUUUAAAACCUGUGGACAGGAGCUGACAGAUAAGCUGAUAUGUCCUCUGCCAUGCGGCGCCGCUGGCUUAUGGUGCCUCUGCUCAUGCAGGUGUGGCUGGCAGCAUCUCCGUCCCUCAGCGAGCGUCCAUGCCCCAAGAGCUGUCGCUGCGAUGGGAAAAUUGUCUACUGUGAGUCCAGCGGUUUUCGCGAUGUGCCCAAGAACCUCUCAGGGGGCUGCCAAGGCCUGUCCUUACGCUACAACAGUCUGGUCAGUCUCAGAGCUGGACAGUUUGUGGGCCUCAACCAGCUCAUCUGGCUCUACUUAGACCACAACUACAUUGCCUCUGUAGACGUACUGGCCUUCCAAGGCGUCCGAAGGCUCAAGGAGCUGAUACUGAGCUCAAACAAGAUCACAAUGCUCCACAACACCACUUUCCACCCUGUACCCAACCUCCGCAACCUGGACCUGUCUUACAACAAACUGGCGUCUCUGCAGCCGGGCCAGUUCCAGGGCCUCCGCAAGCUCCUCAGCCUGCACAUGCGCUCCAACUCCUUGAAAAGCAUUCCUGUGCGUCUGUUCCAGGACUGCAGAAACCUGGAGUUCCUGGACCUGGGCUACAACCGCCUGCGCAGCAUCACACGCAACGCCUUCUCAGGCCUGCUGAAGCUGACCGAGCUGCACCUGGAGCACAACCAGUUUUCCAAGAUAAACUUUUCCCACUUCCCACGCCUCUACAACCUGCGGGCGCUGUACCUGCAGUGGAACCGCAUCCGCUCCAUGAGCCAGGGCCUAACCUGGACCUGGACCUCCCUGCAGAAGCUGGACCUGUCUGGCAAUGAUCUGCAAGAGGUGGAUGCUACAGUCUACCAAUGCUUGCCCAACCUUCAAACACUCAAUCUGGAUUCCAACAAGCUGACCAACGUGUCCCAGGAGACCGUGUCUGCCUGGAUCUCUCUGAUCACCAUCAGCCUGGCGGGGAACGUGUGGGACUGUGGUCCUGUGGUCUGCCCCCUGGUGGUCUGGCUGAGGAACUUCAAGGGGAACAAGGAGAACAACAUGAUCUGCGCUGCCCCCAAGGAAGUGCAGGGAGAGAAGGUCAUGGAUGCUGUUGACACCCACAGUGUGUGUCGGGAUAUCACACCCCUCACGGCCAGCGCCCCACCCACACCAUCUAAUGACCCAGACCAGACAGAGCGCCGCCCAGUCUACCCCACACCACCCACGCAAGGUGGGAAGAGGGGGGAGGGAUCCAAAGGAGGCCCUACGUCUCCAGCUGUUACCUCGGUUGUGGCGCCACCACCUGAACAGUUUGAGCCUGUGUCCUUUCACAAGAUAGUGGCGGGGAGCGUUGCCCUGUUCUUGUCAGUGGUGAUGAUCCUGUUGGUGAUCUACGUUUCGUGGAAGCGCUAUCCCAGCAGUGUCAAGCAGCUGCAGGAGCACUCGGCCGCAGCUCGUAAGCGUCGGAAAAAAGCCAGAGAGACGGAGCGCACGCUGAGUUCCCCACUGCAGGAGUACUAUGUGGACUACAAGCCCACCAAUUCGGAGGCCAUGGACGUGCUUGUCAAUGGGACUGGCUCCUGCACCUACACCAUCUCAGGCUCCAGGGAAUGCGAGGCCCCGCACCAGAUGGGCGCCCUAACGUACUACCGGUAUGAGCAGCCUAUCGUGGACUACUGCCAAGCCCAUCAGCCCCUGCGGCUCAACAUGGGCUACGAGGGCCCCCCACAGGGCCUGGAGGAGCUGGGGCCACGCGAGAGGGCCACCAUACAGACUGUAGCGCUGCCCACUGUGCCCUCUGCCACCAUGGGGGUGAGGGCCAGGCCCCGCUCACCGCCCUCUAUCCUUAGAGUCCCGUCCGAGGGCACCGGUGGUCCCUUCCCUCCCCCAGAGCGCACCACCACGCUCACCUUUGGACGCUAACAGCUGGAGCGAUAGGCUGUCAGUUGAGGCAGGGUGGGGAUGCCACAGAUCCACCAUGACUCUUGAAUAGAGGGCGAUGGAGCGGAGUGGUUCUUUGGGGCCUUUUUUAGCACAUUGGCAUGGGAAGCCACAAGGGGGCGGAGGUGAGGAGAAGAAAACAAAAAAAUAUCAAUUUACAUGGCUAGAUGCCUUUGGCAUCUGGCACCCGGAAUGUGACCAUUUGAAGGCUGAUGCAUCCUGGGAGUUCUGCUAUCAUCUCUCUUUAUUUUUCCAAACACUUCAAAGUGGCCCUCCUGCUCCCCUCCUCCUGGCUCUUGGGAAACUUGAAACGUGAUGCAACAUGCAUGACACGUUAACAUUAACAUCGCUUUGGUUACAGCUCUGGCCCAUACAGCGACAACAUUGUAGGGUGCCUGCACCAGGGAAUGGAUAAUGACAGUUCUUUCACGCUGUGUUUGGAGUGAAAAAGGAAUGUGCAAUAAACAAGGUUUCUGGAGGAAAAUGAAAUGAGGGAGAUAUAAAGAAAGAGAAACAUCAUGAUACAAAAUCAUGUUUACCAGAGCUCAAAGGCUUGCUGUUAUUCCCAUUAAAAUUGCCAGUCAGCGGCCAUAAUGCUAUCUAAUGGGAAUCAUUAUUUCAUUAAAACGAGCUAAUUUUUCUGAACAGGAGAAUGACGUGGCGAGGGAGAAGAAGUGGAGCAUUGUAUGAUUUCCAUGGAGGUCACAGUCUCAUGCUAAGUUCUAUUCAUGUGCUCAUGUCAUACCAAAGAUGUGUUAUUUUAGAUGUACAUACUAGCAUUUGUUUUCUUUAUACUUUUUGUUUCUGAAAACAUCCAAACUGGUACACAUUAAAUACACGCUUUGGAUGGUUUACUUUUUUAUAAAUGUACGUCUGCCACCUGUAUACAGACGUGUACAACCAAACCACAUGAUAUCGUCUACGCAGGCUGCCGAGGCCUGUGUCUGUAAAUGGUUGCGGAGCCUACUCCGUUUGCCAAGUUGUCAUUACAAAAAGAUCAUUUGAUGUAGUCCGAUCUAUAGGUAAAAUAUAGCAAGCAUGUGUAAUGGCUUGUCGAGAUUUGGCAGCUGGCUGGAAUUGGCCCACCAUGUAUUAUGCUCUCUAUGAUCCGAGGAAUUCGUGGGUUGAUAUCUAUCUCAUUAAAUCCUUUAAAUGGAAUAGCUGGAAGUGAAGUAUUAGGGCAGAAUGAAGCUCUUUAAAAUGCCAAUGCUUUGCGAUGCUCAGUUUGAUCAAAUUGGGCAAAGCAGUUAACAAGGAUGUCUGCAGGUCCUUCGAGGGACGUCAACUGAAGGUUGAAUCUCUUACCACCUGUAAAGGCCUAGCAAGCCAUUUUACAUAUUUGAUUUCUCAAAGCAAUGCUUCAUUUUCUUGUAACUGUUUGUGAGGUGACCGGUAGGUUGGUAUUCUGGUGGGUUGGUGAUGUACUGCUCCUGUGCUGCCCACUACUCCCUCAGAGACAGUGCAGACACAGAGCCCAGGGCCUCGUGGGGGCUUGUUGGACUGGCUGACACGUUGAUGUUCCUUCGACCUCCAGAUGAACUCACUGACUGUGGUGAACUGCCACUGGGGAUGGAUAUUGCCUGUUAACAACACAGCCAUUUGCCAGCCAGUGUGCCUGACAGUGUUCGGACUCUAACCAGAUGAAUGUGGACACUCUCUCUGUCACCCAUGGCCACUAUUGGACAUCCUUAACCAUUGAUUGAUGGAGUUGAUGAUGGACUUGAACAUUUGUUGUGGUUGCUUUCAACCGGCAUCCCCCACCCUCCAAUACUCCCCAUGUCCAAAUAACAACAUGCUAUGGUAAUUUUUGUAUCUGUCUGGAUAAUUGUCUGUGGUCAUCACUGGCCUGCCACAGGAGAAGGUAAGGGCCGAGAUAUGGAUUGGAAAGGGGGGGGGGGGAUAUGCUUUUGUGAUGUUUCUUGACCUGGGAGCAAAAGUGACACUUUUUGAGAUGAUCAAAGAUGUCAAGAAAUUCUAUAAAAUACUCAAUCAAAAGGACAAAAUCCAUCUGGACUUAUGUGUCUUGUAAAUAUAGAAAAAAGUUACAUAUUUCACUUCUUCUGAAACACAAACUGCUUGUGGCCAGAAGAGGAGCCUUAUCCACAAACCAGUGUGAGGAAGGGAGUCUGUCCUGAAGAUGGCUUUGGGAGGGAGGUGAUGAUUCCCACCAUUUGCUCUGCUCUCCUUGUUUUAAUGAUGAAUAUGUUUCUAACUGCUCCCACAUCCCUCCAUCACAUCCCUCCAUCACAUCCCUCCAUCACGUCCCUCCAUCACAUCCCUCCAUCACAUCCC